CAGCCUAUCAGGCACAGCAUGAUGAUGAUUGGACAAUUGACAGCCAAAUUCUAACCAAGAAAAUGGGUGCAGAAACAAGUUUAUUUGAAGAAUGUGAGUUAGACGAACCAGCAGAUACUUUAAACUGUACCUGGUCUUUACGACACGGGAUAUACAAUGAGGAACUCGACGUCACCGUCCUGUCGGAGGCAAAAAACAACAAGCAGAAAUGGAGUUUGCUACAGAAAAAUAUAAAGUUUAUGAAGAGUCUCAGACAUCCGUAUAUUGUGAAGUAUUUGAGUGUAGCUGAAUUGUCCACUGAACUUCACUUAGUUAUUGAAAGAUCCACACCACUUACAUUUCUCCUAGACACUUUAGAACCUUUAGAAAUCACUGCUGGAAUUCACAGUGUAAUGGAAGGAUUGUCUUUUCUCCAUGAACAGGCCAAAAUUUCCCACAAUAAUAUUUGCCAAGAAGCUAUUUAUGUGACGUCUAAAGGGACUUGGAAAAUAGGUGAAUUACAACAUUGCUGCAAGUUCCUGGAAAUAACCCCUGAAUUCCUGAAAAAUUCAAGGCCAUAUCGAAAUGCAGACUGUAUUUCACCUGAGGAGAAGACUAAUAAAUUAACAGUCACUAUUGAAAUGGGCCACACUAUGGAUGUGUUCUCUUUUGGAGUGAUGUGUGAAAACCUUUUAGAAUAUCUUGCAGAAUUAGGUGAGAUGACGAAGACUUUUGAAAUGCUUAUACAGGAUAAAUGUUUGAAUUCAGACCCAAAACAGAGACCUAAAAUCAGCAGCUUAAUGAAUGACCAGUUAUUUAGGAAUGAUUUAUUACUAAUAAGAAAAUUUUUGUCUGAAGUAACACUAAAGUCACAGAAAGAAAAAGAAGAGUUUUUCAGCUAUUUAUAUCCCCGAUUGACAACUCUACCUGAGGAAGUGGUUGGCAAACAACUUGUCCAUUUAUUGUUGAGCAGAUUUGUUUUGCUAGAUGCAUCAGCUGCCAGUACAAUAGUUCCUAAUAUACUUGUUCCAAAAAGAGAUACCCAUGAGAAAUUUGAAAUGAAUUCUCAGAGGCUGUCUCCGUUCUUCUCUGUACCAACCUAUCAGAGAUAUGUGAUACCAGAGCUGAUUAAAAUGUUUCACUGCCAUGAUUACCACAUCAGAAUGAUAUUGUUGAACUACUUAUCUAAGUAUGUGGACCUGUUUGAGAAGAAAAAUUUAGAGGAAAUCAUUUUUCCCCAGAUACUUCUUGGGGUAAGAGACUGUCAUGAAGACUUGGCAGCCCAAAGUUUACACAGCCUGGCAGACAUGGUAAAGAUCUUAGGAAGAGACACAGUAAUUGGUGGAAAAAGUAAGGAGUACUUUACAAAGGGAACUCCAAAGCAUCUGCCAACAAAUGCUUUGGAGAAAGAAAACAGCAAAAACUUGGACAAAGUAUUACUAAAAGAUCUUGCAGCAUACAGUGCUUCAGACACCAGGACAUCAAACAUAAGCAAAAUAGCAGAUGUAAAGAGACAGGGGAGACAAAACAAGGAGCAAAAGUUAGUCAGGGAACAAAUGAGACUGGAACAGCAACAAAAGAGGAAGGAGAGAAGGGAAAAGGAAAAGGAGAUGUCUGACAAAAAUAAUGAGGGUUUUGUGGCAAACAUAGCUGAUAGAGAAAUCAUGUCCAUGAGUGAACAGGAACCAGUUUCCAAGACAUAUGGGAAUCAGGAUCUUAAGGGUCCAUUCACAGAAAUCCAAGGCAUGAAUGCAGGUCAUUUACCACCUGUAAAUAUACCAGAAAAGAAACUUUCGGAAGAAAAUGAGGAAGGACAGAAUAUAUCAUCAUUUGAUGUUAAAGUGUCCAAAAGUUGGAAUGAUGACCAUGUAGAUCCUGAUGUUUAUGUGAUGGGUAAUGACAGUGAAGAUGAUUGGUCGGACUGGGAUAAUAAUUUGGUGGACACCUCUCCAUCUCAACUAGCUCCAGUUAUAUCAAUUGAGUCUGAAAAGAAGUUAGACAAGGAAUAUUGGAACUUCUCUAAGGAAUCUUCUAAACAGGAUUAUGUUUUACACAAAGAAACAAGUCAUAGAAACCAGCAAUCACAACCUAUUGGAAGAGAUGGAUCUAACAAAAAUCAUACCAGUUUAGAUAAGCUGGCAAAAAAUGCUUUAAAAUUACAAUCUUCAAAAAAAAAGCUGCCAGAGAAAGAAAACACACCACUUGGUGCUGAAUUUGAAAUUAAACAGUUGGGUCCCUCUGUACAAGUUGCUCUAGAAACAGACUAUUUUGCAGAUAUGGGUCUGAUUCCAGUGAUUAAGCAGGGAGUGUCUUCGGAGGAAAUAAUGAAGAAACAUAAAAAUAACAGUUCAACAUCAUCAGCUGCUAAAAUCUCUACAAACCCUCUGUCAUACAACAUGGAUGAAAACUGUCAGCUGGACAUGGAGGGCUGGGAAGAUGACUUGAAUUGGACAGAGGAAGACUAGAUUACAUGUAGACUCUUUUAACUUGCAAUAUAUUUACCAUUAUGAUAUGAUUUUUUUUUUUUUGGUUUCAUUUAGUUGUACUUGAUUUUUAUGUACCAAUAUCAUUUUUGUGUCACCUACAGAGCAGAGCAAUAGUGUUUGUCUGUCUAUCAUAUCUUAUAUCUUGAGAACUGCAAAAGGUGUUGAUUUCAUAUUUUGGCCAUAUGUUGAUUGGCACUAUGACUUUUGUAAAACUGUGGUUACCAACCUGGUGACCUUUCAACUUGACCUUUGACCUUCUUUUCAAAAAAAGUUUUUAAUGCUGAUAUACUGCAUAUUUUGGACAUUUGAGAGGUAGGGGUUCUUUUUAAAAUAGCAUGUGUACUUUCAUAAGAAAUACCAGCAUUAUACAUAGUCCACUUCAUCUUGUCAUUUGGCAUACUUUUCAAAAAUACUCUGAAUUGUUAUUUUAUCUAUUGUCUUCUAAAUUUUGAGAUGCAGGGCCUUCAUAACCAGCAUAUAUCAGCAUAUAUAUAUAUAUAUAUAUAUAUAUAUAUAUAUAUAUAUAUAUAUAUAUUUAACCGACUUCGAGCUGUUAGCGGCAUAUCGUUACUGUUGACACUUGCUGGUUACAUCGCCUUUUUCUAUUAAGUUAUGUAAAAGUUCAAGCUUUUAUCAGGUAGUAUGAUUAGAUAUUUUUAUUUCGAAGAAUUAGAAAGCAUUUGUGAGAUAAAUAAGUAAAGCAAUUAAAAAUUAUUCAUCAUAUACAUUGUUUGUUUGCCACUAAGUGCCAUGGGGUGUUUUUAAACUUGAUGCCUCUAAAUUUUUGCAGCACUUACUGGCAUGGAGAAAUUAGAAAGGGACGAAACUUCUCCAAUCUUCUUUGAAACUCACUAAAUAUUCAUUGAAUUUAGAGUUAUCUGAUUAUACAAUGUUAAUUAACAAUUAGUUUGUGUUGUCAUAGCUUAAACCUUUACUCAUAAAAGUGUUAAAGAAAAGAAAAAAAACACUAUAUCUCAACUCUAAUAAAUUACACUGAAUUUUUUUUUACAUCUUUAAAAUUGAUAUUCUUCCCGUGGGAAGAUAAAAAUAAAUAAAGAGGUUGUUUAAAUUCAAUAAUAUAAUAGUAAUAUAAUAGUAAGGCCAGCAAUCUUUGAUUCUUUUGAUCGAUUACGAAUGCAGCGUUCUUUUACCAACAUUAUUUUUUAAAAGCGUAUAGCUUUAUGUUUAUACAGAUAUAUUUUCUAAAAAUAAUUAAUUUAAUGACAUAGAACUACCUCUCCAUUAAUAUUCUGAUAAGAAAUGUUGGAACAAUUAUCUAUAAAUACAUGUACGCAGUUAUAGUGACACAUUGUAUGAAGAAAAGUAUUUUUCUUUGCUGGUAAACUUCUUGUUUACAUGGCUCUCCUAUUCUAAAAAUAAACCAAAACAAACCUGAGUUACGGCCUGUUAAGGAUUAAGAAAAGGAGCGGAUUUAACUAGGUGUAUAUGCAAAGUAAAAGUAAUUGUACUCGGUAACAUCUAAACCGCUGAUAUAAACCUAGCAGAAUAUAAAGGAAUGUAUAAAAUGAAGGAUGAAUAAUAGAGGACAUUAUUGAGGCCUCUGGAACAUUAAGGUGCAUAUUCUAUUUCAUAUUUUCAUAGAAAAUGAAAAUAAUAAUAAUAAUAUAAAUAUAAGAUUAGUUUAAACUUUUAUAUUUAUAGUGUUUAAACAGAUUUAUGCCAUGUAAUAUUUUUUAUCGAAAUAUAUUUAUAUUUAUUAUUAUCUUAUUUAUUUAAUUUUUUGGGAAAGCAAUUUUUUAUGUGUUCUUAUAGGAAUUCAUUUUGUAAUCAGAUAACUACGAGAAUUUAGAUUUGAAUAUAGAUAUGUAAUGCAAAGCCAGUACCUAGCGGUAUAUCGCCUCUUCAUUCACUUAUCUAUUUGCCGCAUUUUUCCUGUUAAUGUUUUGGAAAAAGCCAUGUAAAAAUUACAUAUCUGAGAUUAAAAAAAUGUCAUUAUUUUUAUU